CAAAGUUUUGGUGACGUAUGGGGUCUUGCGCCAAUUGACAAAUAAGGGCACUGCACGAUACGUCUCAGAGGAGGGAGGAGGACGAAAAAGUUGAUAAAUUCGGCGUAUCUGAGGAGACCACAGGGUCAGUAAACAUCCAGCACUAUUCCUGACGUUCUCCCACAAGAAGAGGGCGUUUUACAGUGACAAGAUGAACGCUGAUGACCGAGAACGUCGCCGGGAGGAGCGCCGUAGGAGAAGACAGAUGGAUGAGGCAGAAGAGUCAUCCACACAAGCUGAGGCGAGCGCGGCUCCUACCGUAGACCCUGACGAGGAGCGCAGGUUGGCCCGUGAGAGGCGCCGCAAGGAGAGGGAGGCAGCAAACGCUGCGGCAGAAGAGGAGUCUCGCAAGAUGCAGGAAGAACUGGAAGCCCGCCGCAUGCGUCGUAGGAAGAUGAGGGAUGGAAUGGACGAAAACCAGGACGACUCGGAUCGUGUUCUCAGCCAGAAAAAACUUGAGGAAGAGGCAAAGAAGAAGGAAGAAGAAGAAGAGGCUCGGAGGAGGGAAGAAGAAGAAGAGCGUAGAAAGGAGGAGGUAGGACUGAUGAUGACACAACAUUGGGGAGCAUCUUGUACAAUUCAAAGAUUGAAUCAAGUGUCUGUUUUAUAAGUGAUACUUUUAUCA